GUGAGUGGAGGUGGGUGUGGUGCGAGAACGUGAUUGUGAAGGUGUACUUGGGUGUGAGUUGAUGAUUGGUAGGAUUAUUGGGUGAUUAGUAGAAUAAGGCUGCAUGUUGGUAUGCUUCUGUAAGUGGAUAAUUUAGGGAAAAUUACACAUCAUUAAAGUCAGUGUGUGUGUCUGUAUAAGGUGCAAUUACAUUUUUUUUUUUUUUUUAACAUUAAUGGGAAGGAAUGCAUGCAUGAACAUAUGAGUAAUAGAAGACAAGAUUUCAGUGUGCAUAGUACCAAGCUACAUUCUGAAUACAUUUUGCAUGUAUUGUAGAAAAUUAAUAUAGAUUCAAUAUAUAUGCAUAUCUUGAAAAUGUGUGUUUGUAACUGUGAACCCCAGGUGCCUCCACUGCAGAAAGCCAUCUUGUGUGUGUUCAGCAAUCCAGACAUGCCUGGGUACGUAGGCUUUGCCAAUCUCCCCAACCAAAUUCACAGAAAGUCUGUCAAGCGUGGCUUUGAAUUCACGCUGAUGGUUGUUGGUGAGAGCGGCCUUGGCAAGUCAACGCUGAUCAACACCCUCUUCCUUACCGAUCUGUAUCCUGAUCGUAUUAUGCCCUCAGCUCAAGAAUGUAUUGAGAAGACUGUCAAGAUAGACGUGUCAACUGUAGAGAUUGAAGAGAGAGGCGUAAAGGUGCGACUGACGGUUGUUGAUACUCCAGGUUAUGGAGAUGCCAUUGACAACACUGACUGCUUCCAGUCCAUCAUCAGUUACAUCAAUGACCAGUUUGAGCGCUACCUGCAGGAUGAGUCUGGCCUCAAUCGUCGCCACAUUGUUGACAACAGAGUCCAUUGCUGCUUCUACUUCAUCAAUCCUGCUGGCCACGGGUUAAAGCCCUUGGACAUCCAGUUCAUGAAGCAACUCCACAACAAGGUCAACAUUGUUCCCGUUAUUGCCAAGGCUGAUACCCUAACCAAGCAAGAGGUGGCUAAACUAAAGCGAAAGGUAUUGGAUGAGAUAGAAGAGAAUGGAAUCCACAUUUAUCCACUCCCAGACUGUGACACAGAUGAGGAGGAGGAUUAUAAGGAGCAGGUGCGAUUACUGAAGGAGGCUGUGCCCUUCGCAGUGGUGGGCUCCACAACUGUGCUGGAUGUGGGUGGCAAGAAAGUCCGAGGGCGGCAGUACCCUUGGGGUGUCAUUGAGGUGGAGAAUCCCAAUCACUGUGACUUCAUUAAGCUCCGUUGUCUAUUAGGUACCCAUAUGCAGGACCUGACAGAAGUCACGCAAGAUGUACACUAUGAGAACUACCGGUCAGAAAGGCUGGCAAAGGGUGGGUCAGCUCCCCUGACAGCAAGUGCUGCUACCAAUAAUGCUAACUCUGUUGCAGCUCCACCAAAAAAACAGUCGCCAACAGCCAUGGUAAGUGGUCCAGACAAGGAGCGAAUGGCCAUGGAGCUGCAGGAGAAGGAAGCUCAGAUCCGAAAGAUGCAGGAGAUGAUGGCCAGGAUGCAGGCCCAACUCCAGGACAAAAAAUAAACCCUAGGCUGUAUAGGAGGAAUGUUUCAAACUGCAAAUCAAAUUUAAUAUAUAUAAGAUUUUUUUUUUUUUUUCUCUCUCUUUUUUUUUCUCCAGAAGUUAAGAGAUGGAUAUGGUACUUCUCUUUUUUAUUUCUUUGUUUUCAAAUUAUAUUAUUGCAAUCUAUUAUUAUUUUGUUAUUUUAAAGUAAUUUCUGUAAGUGAUUUGUUUUUUCCAAUUUUACAAUGUACUUAGGCCUCCUAGGAGACUUACCUCGGAACGGCUGGGAGUUGGGUAGUUUUGUAAGUCCAGACAACGAGAAAAUAAUAUUCAUUGCCAAGUGAUUAGAGAUGGCAUAAUUUUUCACUUAUGUUAUUACUGAUCUGAAGAAAUUAGUUGUAGUUAUAUAAUGUUAUUUUAUUUUACUUUUUUUAAUGGGAAAUCCAAAACCCUUUUUUUUUUUUUUUCUUAAAUUCUUUUUUAUAAAUAUGAAAACAGAACAAAGGUUGCUAAAGGUUAGCUUAUAAACAAACACAGAAUGUAUCUAGUUAUCGUUCUGAUUAAGCAAUUUGUGCAUGUCUCUUCGGUUGUCCCUCACUCACAGUGAGGAAGGUUGAUAACCUCCUUAGUUAUAGGCUUCCAUAUUUUGUAACAGGCAUACAUAGUUUUUUUUACAAAUUAUGAAACGCAACAAACAUUGGUGUUUUGAUUAUUUAUUUAUAUAAAGUUUUUGUUUUUUGUUUUUGAUUGACAAACUUUAGGGAGUCCCUGUAGCAAGUAGAAAAGUCAUGUUAAGCUUUUUUUUCUUCUUUCUUUCUUUCUUUCCUUUUCUUAUUCUUUUUCCCCCCUCUUUACUGAGUAUAACUUAUAGACAUUUUUAGGCAUAAGAUUUAUUUGUUUCUCAUGUUGCCCCAACCUACCCCAUUCAACCCACACAGCUAUUGAUUCUCUCUCUCUCUCUCUCUCUCUCUCUCUCCUAUGUCUUUUCCACAAACAUCUUGAUAUUCCUUUUUCCAAAUCUCUCUACUUCUGUCCCACAUUCCUGUUUGUCUUCAUCUCUUGCAGUACAAUACCCAGAACGAAUCCUCCCCCCCCUCCUCCACAACACAUUCAGUCACUUCCCACCAAAGUGUAUAAUAUUUAGAAUCCAUAGAGCAGUAAGAAUUAGCGUAACAUUUGAAUUUAGUUUUGUAGUUUAAUGCCAAUUAGUUUAAGUUAUUUUUUUAUGAUCUAGUCUUCCAUCCUUUUUGCUGGCCCCCUAUUGAAAAAAGAAUAGAUUAUUAUGAUUUUCAUAAUCUGUGCGGAAGGCAGUUCAUUUAGUUUUUGUUCGAUUAAAACUGAGUACGUCUUGUGUUUACUGAAGACUGUCAAUUUUAAGGAGUUAACAAUAGCUAAACUUUACUCUUAAGGAAUGUGGUUUUAAAGGACCAGUUUUUAAAAUUUGAUUGUUAUUUCUCAUUUUUAUUUAUUUUUUGGUAAAUAGUUUCCCCCUUCCUUCUAAUUCCAUAACAUUGUUGUCAAUGUUUUCCCAUACUCUCAGGCCCAUGCAGUUGUGUUUAAAAGCAUUGUUGAUCAACAUUUAUGGGUAGUGACAUACCUGCCUGUUACUGUUGUACGUGCCUUAAGAGAGAACAGGUGUAGAGGAAAUUAAGUAAGGAUUUUCUUGGACUUGGUCAGAGACAAUCAAGUAGAUGACAUGCCAUUGUAAGAGUAAAGGUAAUUUCUGAGAAUGAAGGAGGUUUGUCAUAUAUACCAGCUUCCUCCUUUUAUGUAACUCUUAUGCAUUAAACCUACUUUGCAUUUUUAAGUUCCAUGUGUGUCAUAUUCUCAUUGAAAUAUAAUUGUUGACAUGUUCCCACUGAAAUUUAAAAAUUAUAUUCAUAAUGGACAUUGUAUAUUAAUGUAAUAUUGUAAACUGUAACAACUGUGACACUGUAUAAUUGUCAGUAUAUCAAAUCUCGUAUUCUUAAAGGUGACAUAUUUUUACUCGUAAAUAUGAAUUUAUACCAUAUCAAGUAAUCAUUGGUUUUAGAGGACACAUAUCCAUGUUAUGAAUUUCAGAUGAUAUGUGUGAUAACAAGUUAUGUCCUAAGUUCAAGACAUUUUGUGAAGACAGGCAUUGAAGAGUAUAUACACAGUUCGAAUGUUCAGCCCUCGCAGGUGUAUAGGGAAUGGUUCUUAUUUUUGUAAGUGUACAUUUUGGGUACAGAUGUUAGACUGUUGUUGUUGGCCAUUAUGUCCCCCCCCCCCCCCUAGCCCUCAAACCACCCCCUAUCCCAUCCAUCUCUUGAGACUAAGGAAGAGGCACUCUGCCCAAUGCCUUGACAUGUCUCGGCACCAAGGUUGAUCAGUGACAUUUAUGAGUGCCAAACCCAUUUACACUCACUUGAAAGCUAAGUCUUAAGGGGGGGAAAAACAAGUGAAGAUUGCACCACAUUCCAUCUAGAACACCUCCAUCUUUUGUAUGUAUUCAACGAGCUUUAUUUUGUUUUUAGUUUUUGAGCAUGUGUGUGUGCGUGCAAUAAUUUUUUUCCUCUGUUUCAUUAUUAUUAUUAUUGUAAUCAUACUCCAUUUGUAUUAUUUAUUUUAUUUUUUGUUUUUUAUUUUAUUUUUUUGGUAACCAUAACCCUAAUAAGAUAUACUUUUUAUAAUUUUGUUAACAAUUUUUAUAUGAAGUUUUGUGCCAGCUUGUUUUGCAUACUUUGAUUCCACUAAAAAAAAAGAAAAAAAAAAAAUGUUCAUCUGCUUCAAAAUUAUGCCAAGAAGUCUUACUCCUUAGCAUGAGCAAUAAAGCCAGUAUUUCA